AUGGAAGUAAACGAGGACAGCUCCAAACUUCUUCCCAAUUCUCGCACAUCCGUCACUCAAAUUCCAGACCACGGGGACACUGAACCACUUCGCGCAUUGGUUGCUCGUUCGAGACCAGCUCAUAGUCCCAACAGUGAAUCAAUGGCCAACAGGAGGGAUGCUGAAACGAAUGCCGUUAGCACAAGACGUCUAGAGCCCUUUCCUGUGCCGAAACAACCAGCUGGACCGCUGAAAGAUCUUCUACACUUCCUUUUGGGUGCGCCUGAAGAAGAAGCUUCAGUGAAAAUACCGAUGUCUAUGGUCAAAAGAAGUGAAAUACCAAUCGCAAAACCUGUUGUUGAUGUCUCGAUGCGAGAUACUAAGUUGAUGACGUGGUCAACGUCAAAACUUACUGCUGAUCAAUUUCUCAAAUCCACGCCGACCCCUGCAAAUCCUGAGACUAAGAGAUUGGCUUUAGUCUUGAGCCUCGAACAACUCCUAAUGAACAAGGACUUGAACAGCCCGGGGUUAAUUACCCACGAAGAGAUACUUGACCGGUUUAAUUCAAAAGAAUUUGGUCUGUCGCCUUUAGUGAUUGAGGGAUUCCAGCAUUUCCAAGGCACCGACAAAUUUGAAAAAUUUGCUUUGAACUUGCGGGAUGCAAUUUUCACCUUGUGGAAAGAUGAAGGUCGCACAAAAGAUACGGUAACGGAAAUGUUAAUACCGAAAUUGCAGCAUAAGCCUACGGGGAUGGAUCUGAAGAUUUUCGACAGUACGAUCGCUUCAUACGCAACAUUCCUUCAAAAGGUGGCCGAUAAGGCGCAUGAAUAG